AUGAAUAAAUUAAUAUUGGAUGCCAAUGCAUUUAUUAAAGAAAUCAAUUUUCAACAUCUUUCAGAACAUUACACAUUCAUAACUCAUUAAGCUAUUCUUACUGAAGUUCGAGAUGAAAGAGCUAGAUUAAAAUUAUUAAAUUUUACUUACCCUCUCACUUUCUUAACACCAUCAGAAAAAAUGAUUAAACUUGUUAAACAAUUUGCAACCUAAACAUCAGAUAUAGCAUCAUUAUCUCCUAUUGAUAUUGAAUUAAUUGCUUUAGCUUGUACUUUAAUAGAAGAAAAUGGUUAAAAAGACAAAUUAAAAUUAGAACCACUUAAACCAUUAGAGUUUAAUAAAAUUAAGAAUCUAUAUGGAUCUAAACAUUAAUAAUUAAUAGAAUAAGAUAAAUAAAUAGAAGCAGAUAUUUAAAAUGAAAAAGAUUUAUAAGAUUAAAAUAAAUAAGAAUAAAAUAAAUUAGAAGAACCACAAGAACCGAAAAAACAAGAGAAUAAUUAAAAUAAUUAAAAUGAUUAUGAUGAUGAUUCUGACGGUUGGGAAGAAGUUGUACCGAAGAAAAAAUAUUAUAAUCAUUAUUCUUAAUCUAAUUCAACAUAAUAAACUAAAUAACAAGAAAAAUAAAUUGAAAAUGGACAAGAUGAAGAUGAAGAUUCAUCUGAAGAUGAAAAUGAAGAAGAAUGGAUCAAUAAUUAAAAUAUUCAUGAAAAAUUAAAUGAAAUACAAAUCAACCCAUAAGAAAAUCAAGUUAAUUAAUUUGGACUUGCUCUUUUAACUACUGAUUUUGCUAUGCAAGUUAUUUUUAUAUUAUAUUUUAGAAUGUACUAUUAUAAAUGGGUGUACCUGUCUUAUCCACUGAAGGAUAUAUGAUCAAAAGUGCAAGAAGGUUUAUUUUAGAAUGCCACAUCUGUAAAACAUUAGUUAGAGAUUCUACAAAACUCUUUUGUACUAAUUGUGGAAAUAAUUCCUUGCUUAAAGUUUCAUGUUCAUUAGAAUCAGAUGGAACUAUUAUUUUAUAUAGAAAAAAGAAUUUCAAAGUAAAUCUUAGAGGAACAUAAGUAUACUUAUAUAAUUACUAUCUUUUAGUAUUCGAUCCCUUAAAAUCUAACCAAAAAAGAUGCUCCAUUUAUCUUUUGUCAAGAUUAAUUAAUGAAGAGCGGAAUCCAGUAAUAACUAGCUCGAUAAGUAAAUAUCGAAUUCAUUUCAUUUAGAGAAAAUAAGAAGAAAUCAGAUACAAGAAAGUAAUGAAAACUUAUGAAAAUGGAAUUGGCUUCGAAGAUGUUGAUUAUAAACAUCCAUAACAAAAAAUCACAGUUGGUUAUGGAAGAUUAAAUCCGAAUGAUGUAAAUGAUAUGAGAAAAAUAAAAAGAAAUAAAAAACGUUGAUAAUGAUGUAUAUAC